AAAAUGGUCUGUCUCUGUCAUGUGCAGUUAACUCCGAGCUCUGAUUUAGACUCUACGUUGUGCACUUCGUAGUAACGUGCGGUUACUUCGUGAACAGAAAAUAUUUUUUCAUUGAUGUUAGAUUGUGCUUAAUGUAUCUGUAAUUAUAAAGUUGAUUACAGUAAAGAAAAACAAUAAAUCGUAUUGAAAUCGGUAAAAGUAAAAGGAAGAACAAUUCUUUGGUGUUGUUCGAGAAUCACGAUAUCAAGAAGAAUAAGAAUUUGCUGGUCAAGUGUCGUUUUAUAUUCAUAAAUGACAGCAGACAACACCUACAGUAACGAGCAAGUAAUUCUUGUGACAGGCGGUUAUGAUCAUACCAUUAAAAUAUGGCAACCUCAUACAGGAGUUUGUCAACGCACUGCAGAACACACGGAUUCGCAAGUUAACGCUUUGGAUAUUACUCCAGAAAAAUAUGGCGUUGCUGCUGCAGGGUAUCAACAUAUCAGAAUGUACGAUUUAGUUUCAAAUAAUCCAAACCCAGUUAUUAAUUAUGAAGGCGUAUCAAAGAACAUUACAGGCUUGGGUUUCCAGGAAGAGGGUAAAUGGAUGUAUACCGGAGGCGAAGAUUGUUCCGCGCGCAUUUGGGACCUUAGGUCGAGUAGCUUUCAAUGCCAAAGAAUAUUUCAAGUAUCGGCUCCUGUAAAUUGUGUGUGCUUACAUCCUAACCAGGCAGAACUUAUAGUUGGCGAUCAAAGCGGUGUCAUACAUUUGUGGGAUUUACGUUCAGAUCAUAACGAACAACUGAUUCCAGAAGCUGAAGCAUCGGUGCAAGAUGUUACAAUUGAUCAGGAUGGUACGUACAUGGCAGCGGUAAAUAACAAAGGCCAUUGUUACAUUUGGACGCUGACUGGUGGUGUUGGAGAAGAACCAACCCGCCUUAAUCCUCGCCAUAAGCUUUUGGCACACAAGCGUUACGCUCUUCGAUGCAAGUUCAGUCCCGAUUCUACGCUUUUAGUGACUACGUCGGCUGAUCAAACUGCACGAGUUUGGAAGACUACAGACUUUUCAGAAGCACAAGUGCUUCAGCAUGAAGCGAAACGAUGGGUUUGGGACGCUGCGUUCAGCGCGGAUUCACAAUAUAUAUUCACUGCUUCAUCCGAUGGCGUUGCCAGGUUGUGGAAUGUAUCAACAGGAAUCGUCGAACGAGAAUAUGUAGGUCAUACCAAAGCACUUACUGCUCUCGCAUUUCGUGACGAAGUACUCUCAGUUUCCUAAGCAAAUAGAGUUCUUUUUUUAUUUGAGUUGACGAUAAAUAUUAUAUUUUCGCGUGAGUAUGUCACUCGGCGAUAACGGAACAUUAACUUCGAUCAGAUGGAAUGCGGAUCUCCUACUUUUGAAUUGUUUAUUUCAGUUUCACUGCGCAUAUUUUACGAACGUGUUCACAUACAUUUCGUCAAGUUUAAAUUCCUUUCUUAAAACAUCUUCCCACAUUUUUAGUAUGUAUAUGGAUCAUGUAAUAAUUUAUAUAAACAACUAGAAAACGUUACUUUCAUUUCCCAAUGCGUGGGAAUAAAUAAAAAUAAUCAGGAUAAUUUUAUGAAAAGAACAGUAAUUAUAUUCGUCGAUCAGGGCGAACAGUUUUGUAUUGUAAAACUAGGAAAAUUAUGAAUAUACGUUUUCAUCAUUGAUUAAUUGUUGAUUCUGAAGUCGUUCUUAAGAAAUAUUAAACACAGCUAUUGUAACAACUUCAAUUGUUACGAAAGGAUACUUCAAAA